UUUCCACUCACCUGACUGUAAUUAGUGUUGUUUGUUCAAAUCCCUUAUUUUUACUAGACCUUUACUUGUGAAUAGACCACGUUUAGAGCGGUCUUGGCUAAGUAUUUUCUAAUGUCGCUCAGGAUUUAAUUUUUUACCUCGUAAUUAGCUAACAGGCAGAGCACUGUGGAGAUUCAGUCUGUCUUCCUCUGGUCUAUUUACAAUAUACACCAACGAAGAAGAAGAUUUGUCUGUAAUGGAGAAGAUUAUUAAAGAUGUGGGCGACAUCCAGUCCCGACUGCUAGACCACAGACCAGUCAUCAAUGCAGAGAUCCGUUACUUUGUGAGAGAGUUUGAGGAAAAACGUGGGCACAAGGAGAGCCGACUGCUGGAGAGCCUCAAUAAGAUGGUGGUGGAAACAAAUGAGCAAAUGCAGCCCACAGAUUUAGAGGACAUGAAUCAGCAGCUGUCUGACGUCAUCAAGCGAUUGGAGGCUGCUAAUCACAUGGCAGAGAGAGUCCAGCAGAGGGAGCUAGUGGCGCAUCAGAGCACACAGCUGCAAACAAACAUGGAGCUUUUGAAAAGCGAGUGGGAAGAGUUUCUAAAGGAGCAGCAGAGGCUGAAGGAGGAGGUGGAUGAAGAGCACACCAAAGCCAUAGCACAACUCAGCAUCAAGUACAGUGAAAUGAAUAAGAACCUGGGCAAGUCCUCACCCAUCUAAGCAGCUGACGUGUGAGGAGACAACAGCUUAAAUGAACACGUUUGCUCCUUUUAGACAUCUGUUUUGGACAUGGAAAAAUGAAGCUCUUGAGUUUGAUUGAUGUGCUCAGCUGCUGGCACAAAAGGAACAACAAUCUUUUACACGUUUCUCCUGCACAGGUGUGAACAUUUUCCAAAACAUAAAUAUAAAAGUGUGAUUAACAAUGUGGCAAUUUCACAGCCCAUCAAAGUCACAAUUUGAUGUCUUAAGCCAGUGGAAUGUGCCCAGCGUGCAAAAAUGUCUGGAAGACGUUGUAAUAAAAACAAGAAACCCCUUGA